AUGCAAUCUAUGAACAUGAACCAUUCAAAAAGUAUAUUGGAUCAAGUCGAUGAAUAUCUUCAUGAUAACGAUACUCACAGUGGCAACCAUAUGGUAUACAUGGAAUCGGAAAAAGAGCCAAUGAGUAACGUUCAAUUAUAUUCUCAUAACUGGCUGACAGAUGAUAUACAACUAGAUUUAGAUCAUAUUGGCGAAUCGUUCUUCAAUAAUGGUAACAAUAAUCAGAACAGUAACAAUAGUCGAUUGAAUGCACAUGAACAACAUUCUAGUUCUCAUAGUAAUAACAGUGUUGAAAGUAUGCAUGGAACCAUCGAGAGUCAACAUGAACAUCAUGCUCAGCAACAUCCAGAUAUAGGGAAAUCUAUUGAUCCAGAAAUGAAUGGUGGGUUUGGUUUAAUGGAUCAUUCUAUUAAACAGAAUGAUGCUACUGCUUCCCUUCUUAAUAAAAACUCACAUUUUUCUAAUAUUCAUUCAGAUUUGGUCUUUUCUCCAUCUGCAUCACCUUUAGUGGCACCAGGGCAGUCUGCCAUAGGUUUAAAAGUGACUCCCUACAUGAAUCCUCAAGUAUUGAUCGGAUCCAAUUCAUCCAACGUGUCUAAUAUGAAUACUCCAUAUCUUCGAGAAUCUAUAGGUACAAACAAUGGUACAAACAAUAAUGGCACUCUCUUAAAUAAUGGCUCCACAACAACAACGCCUCAUGUUUCACAUUACUCCCCAUUAAGUUCUCCUGCAGUGAACGAUCAUAAUCAACAAUAUUCUUCGACAAAUUUUACAUUACCAGCCUCUGCUGUAGAAGAGCCUAUAACUAAUGGUGGCAGCGGUUCCAAAACUACGAGGAGUAAACGAACAUCUAGUUCUUCUAGAAGCAAACGCAUCUCUUUCUCAAGUUCAAGUGGUAAUUCAACUAAACAAACCUUUAAUGGAUCGUCUUCUAAAGUACGAAAGAAUAGUCCGUACUUGAGUGCCAAUAGAUCAAGAAGAAAUUAUCAAGAAUUGAAGACAAAGAAUGGAUCUACCAUCAGUAAUAAUAAUGACAGUGCAAGUAGUACCCCCAUGGGGAAUAACUCUACGACACCCACAAACGCCUCUUGGGAUGAUAUGGUGUUCAAGUUACCAGAAAGUAGUACCACAGUAAUAUCCACUAGUAAUGGGACAAAUAUUGAUACACCAGAUAGUGGAUCUAAGGAAUCCUCAUUGACUGCUAGUCAAUUUGCUGUUGCUAGUAAGAUUUUACCCGCCUCAUAUCCUGAUCAAGUUUCUUCUAAUGAUAUUGAUAUAGAUGGAAGUAUUAUUCAGAAAAGGAUUGAAAUUCCAUUACAAACAAGUAUCGAAACUACCGAAUCUUGGAAACAAAAGACUAAUUCUGAUCGAAGUAGGUCAUCAAAUUCAUUGUCAAGUAAUGGUACAUCACCUAAGAAUGGGAAAAAUGGAAUUAAUAAUGUAGGGGUAUCACCUCUUAUAAAAUCUAAAAAGCCAUCAAAGACCAAUGGAGAUAGCGGUUCGACUAUUCGUUUGACAAGAACAGACUCUAGAUCAUCAGAAUCUAAGUCCGGUAAGAAGGAUGAUACGAAGAAGGAAGUACAUAAAGUAGCAGAACAAGAGCGUCGUAACAGAUUGAACUCAGCGCUUAAUGACUUAUGUGGUCUAAUACCAGAUGAUCUAAAAGAAAUGAUAAGUAUACCAUCGAAAGCAACAACGGCUGAACUGGCUUGUGUAUACAUACGUUCUCUUCAGAAGAGGGUACAUGAACUUGAACAAGAGCAUAACCAUUGA